CUUCCUGCCCCGCCGGCGGGCCGCGGGGUGGGGCCCAGCCGCCGCCGCUCCCGCCGCCCCGGCCCGGCCAUGCUGGACUUCGCCAUCUUUGCCGUUACUUUUUUGUUCAUCCUGGUGGGCGCCGUGCUCUACCUCUACCCGGCAUCUAGGCAAGCAUCAGGUAUCCCUGGGCUGGCUCCAACUGAUGAAAAGGAUGGCAACCUGCCAGAUAUCAUUGCCAGCAGCAGUUUGCAUGAGUUCCUGGUGAACCUUCAUGAGAAGUAUGGCCCACUGGUCUCCUUCUGGUUUGGAAGGCGUCUUGUUGUCAGUCUUGGCUCAAUUGAUCUCCUGAAACAACAUAUUAACCCCAACCGGUUGUUGGAUCCAUUUGAGACAAUGCUGAAGUCCCUCUUGAGGUACCAGUCCAGCCUGAAUGGGGAUACAGGAGAGAGCCACAUGAGGAGAAAGUUGUAUGAAAAUGGUGUGACCAAGUCCUUGCAAAGCAACUUUGCUCUCAUCCAGAAGCUGUCAGAAGAGUUGCUAGCCAAAUGGCUCUCCCUCCCUGAGGCACAACAUGUGCCACUCUGCCAGCACAUGCUGGGCUUUGCUAUGAAGGCUGUCACACAAACAGCUAUGGGCAGCAGCUUUGAAGAUGACCGCGAAGUCAUCCGAUUCCGCAGGCACCAUGAUGCAAUCUGGUCGGAGAUUGGGAAGGGUUUCUUGGAUGGGUCCCUUGACAAAAACAUGACUAGGAAGAAGCUCUACGAAGAUGCUCUGAUGGAGAUGGAAUCCACCUUAAGGAGAGUUACAAAGGAGCGCCGAGGCAGAUCAUUCAACAGGCACAUCUUUAUAGACACCUUGCUGCAGGGGAGCCUGAGUGACCAGCAGAUUUUGGAAGAUACAAUGAUUUUCUCCUUGGCAGGAUGCAUAAUCACUGCUAACUUGUGUACCUGGGCAGUCUAUUUCCUGACAACCUCAGAAGAUGUUCAGCAGAAUCUCUACAAGGAGAUGGACUGCGUUCUGGGGAAGGGACCAAUUACACAUGAGAAAAUCGAGAAGCUCAGAUACUGUCGGCAAGUCCUGUGUGAGGCAGUGCGAACAGCAAAGCUUACUCCCAUUGCUGCACAGCUGCAGGAGCUGGAGGGCAAAGUUGACCAACAUACUAUCCCCAAAGAGACACUUGUGCUUUAUGCUCUUGGUGUGAUGCUGCAGGAUAGUUCAUCUUGGCCAUCACCAUACAAGUUUGACCCAGAGAGAUUCAAUGAGGAAUCAUCCGUGAAAAACCUCUCCCUGUUGGGUUUUUCAGGAAGCCAGGAGUGCCCAGAGUUGCGGUUUGCCUAUAUGGUAGCUACAGUUCUUCUGAGCGUUCUGGUAAGGAAACUGUAUCUCCACCCAGUGAAAGGACAAGUCAUGGAGACCAAAUAUGAGCUGGUAACCUCACCGAAGGAGGAAGCCUGGAUAACGGUGUCUAAGAGAAGCUAAGAGCGAGCAAAACACGGGGCUAAAAGUGCCAGCAGUGACAUUCAGAGCAAGGGUCUUAGGGGGAAUCAUGCUGGUGCCACACUGACUCAGCCAAGGAAUUUUACAUCCAGAUUUUGUUACCUUCAAUGUUCUUAACCACAUACCUCUCUUGGGUACCUUUUCUAACUCAAACGGUAGUCAUAUUAAAGUAGAUUUAAUCUGUAUGCCUUUUUUACAUUUGCUUUUGGAUCUCUGGCCAACCCAUUCCGAAGGAAGCAAGAAAACCUUGUAGUGGUGUAUGUAUGAACUAUUGGGUGUCAGCUAGUCAAAGACCAGACAUCUGGUUAAUCCAGCCUCUUUCCAACAGCAGCCAGAGCUGGAUAAGAGUGCCUCUCUUUUCCAGUAGAAUGCUUCUUCAUGGACCCUAGCUAGAUAAGACCUUGCAGACACAAGGACAAAGCCUUUCUCUCUAUAUAGGUAUUUUUAUUCAAAGUGUCUUUCCUUCCCUUGAGCUACAGCUAUAGCUGUCAAGAAGAGCAGAUAUAUCUUGUGAAAAGUAUGUGUGAGAGAGAGAAAUAAAGUGGGGCAGGAAUUGCACUGGUUCUCUUGCUAUGUAAUCUUGCCAUGCUGUGGGGUUGCAAGAGAAAGGGUGACUGAGAAAUCCUAGUGAAACAAGAGCAAUAAAAUUUGGUUUUGGCCCUGAGAAAACAGAAGCAUCAGUAAUAAUAUAAUUAAAUUAAAUAAAACCACAGAACAAAGCCCUGCGAAAAGGAUUCUCUACUCUGACAGUUCGAAGGGCAGUGUCUAAUCUGAUCAGCAACAGGAAUUGUCAGAUGUUUGCAAUUCAUUCAGCACAGGGUCAGCAUGAGACUGGUUAUGCAAAUACAGAAAAGGGAGAGUGCUGGUUUUAUAGGGCUCUGGAUUAAUGUUGUACUUAAAAGCCUUUCAAAGAAUCCUUUUCCUCCAGAAUGGGUGCCAGCCAAACCAACAUCACAUGCCACAUGUUCACAUGAUUUUCCCCACUUCUUUCCUUCCUUUUGGCCAUCAUAGGCCUGCUCUUGAAAGAUUUCUCAGAGUCCCACUGAACAGCUUGCGAGGCAGGAACCUCUUACCCUGUCAUCUCAUUGGAGUAAUUGCCAUCUGACUUUCUUUUCAGGUUGUGUUUCUCCCCCCUUUUUUGUCCCUCUCUUAGGUAGGAUCACCCUUUAUACCUGAUAUUUAUAAGUCUUUUCCCCAUAAACCUGACCUCUCUGUUAGCUCCAGUUCCUAGCCCCCUUCCCACCCAAAAGCUGUGUGGCGGUAGGUGAGGUGUUGCUCAGCCUGCGGCUGUAUAUGCCCAAGUUGCUUUUGUACACACCUACCAAUGCACCACAGAGCAGGCCAGGACUGUGUGACUCCCAUUAGAGCCACUUUCUAUUGCCUCUGCAGAUAGGGCACGCAUACCUGGUAGCUGCAGUUCCCCCUUCUGUGGACACUGUUCCUUUUACUAGCACCUUCCAGGUCAGGAAAUCUGCUGCUUUUAUAAAAAUGUUUUGGCUCUUGUACUGCUGCUGAGUGCCAGCCUGAAUGCAGUCCUGUCAGCUCUUCUGGGGUUAACAUCUGAUGCCAACCUCUGUGGGCACCAGACAAAGAAAAUUCUGCUCUUGGGUUUAAUGUGUCAGCUCUGCUUUUGGUGGAGCUGUAGAGAUUCAGAUCCCUCCCAGUGCAGUUCGUGUUGGGGGAGAAGUGGGACAGAGAUGCUGUUCUACCGUUUUUUGUCUGCUGGGCAGAAAAAGGAGGGUUGUGCAGUUCAGCUUGCUGCCUCUAUUGCAUUGAUUUUUAUAAUGAACUGCAAGAAAGCUCUUGCUAAUUUGACCUCCAUUUAACUGAAGGUUGGUCACGUCCCCAGAUGGCAAUUCAUGUUAGGCUUUGCUUCACUGCUUAUGCAAAAUGGCCUGUUUUUCUUGAAGGGUGAUGUUUCCUAAACCUCCUGGAGAAAUCAGUAUGGUAAAGGAUUUUACUGUAAAGCAUCCCUGGUGUGCAGAGGAGGCAAAAUGGAGGCUAAGUUAUUGUCUUCUUGGGAAAAAAUGGUAGGAUAGCACUGUCCUUGUUAGGAUCUGAGCAAGGAAUAGCUGAUUGUCAUAUAAUCAAGUGGCAAAGAUCUGCUUUUUGUAGCCAUGUUGUAGGAAUGAAGUUUUCAGUCACCAGAAAAGCUUCCCAGUUGUAAUUGUCCAUACUUCUGUUACAGCAUUUCUCUGCCUUGCUGGAGCUGAAUGGGCCAACUGACCUGCAACAGCCCUUUCCCCAGUUACAGGAAUAAAAAAUGGGAGUAAUCCCAUA